CUCUGGGUGCCCCCAAGCACCCAGAAGCCUUGCAAAGCCUUCUUUGAAAAUUACACCUGUUUUCUGUGUGUCCAGAGAUAGGAGGACUCAAGGUGCCUGACGGCAGGAGUGUCUUGGCGCUGUCCGUUCAGCACCAUGUCGAGCCGCAGAUACUCUGGCUACCUGGCCGACGAUGAAAGCAUGUGGGGACCUCAGAUGAGGAACCCCAGCCCUAAAAGAAAGGUUUCGGAGUGGAGAAAUGCACUGAGGCAGCCUUCUCCCCACCCAUUCUGGAAUCCGGAGAUGACAUCCUCGAGGUCCACCACUCCGUCUUUUUGCUCCGAACACCACAGGAGACACAAGUCCCGCCCCAGCACCAGCAGCGCCGGAGAGAGCCGUAUCCUGGCCGAUGAAUUUUCCGAAUUUGUGGAUUUCCUGGCCGACGAGAACGUCCUGGACAGCCUCCAGCGCAUCAUGGAGGACGCCGUCCGCAAGCUGAGAGAAGUGACCCUGGAGGACGGGCAGCGCCUCUUCAACGUCCAGGAAGACUCCCACUCCAGCGCCGAAAGUGAGGCAUGGUCAUUUUCCUACAGCUCCACACGCUCCCACUCCAGGUAUCCCACCAGCAGCACGGCCACCGACAGCACCUCCAGCUCCGAGGAAGAUUGGUUCGCUGCAGCUGCCGCCAAGCAGCCAAGAGCCCCCAAAGCUGAAGAUAAGGUCUGCCUCUUGGAUAAGUAUGCCUCGCGACUCCCCAAGCUGGACAGCAAGAAGGUGGAUCACGUGUCCGGCCGAUUCCAUGCAGAGACAUUUUCAGAGCGAUCAGGGGACGAUUAUUUUUACCGGCAAGAGCACCUCCACAUUUGGGCCAAACUGGCCGAGUCUUUUGAGAAGUUCCAACCGCCCAAAAAGGAUUAUUUUUCCAAAUUUAAGAAAGAGCCACAGGAGUCUGCAUCAGUCGAAUCCCUCCAAAAGGAAAUCACCAAUGUUUUGAAACGCCCAAUGGGGAGUGGCAUUCCAAGGUAUUCCCCAGACCACCAACCUUUCCUAGCUCUGGAUUUCUUGGAAGAACACAAAAUCCUCUCAGCCCUUCAAGACAUUAUCAACCAAGCUGUCCAGAAGGUCCUGCAGGCAACAGGGACGGAUGGAGUCCCUCUGGUGAACCUUUUCGAUGACGAAGGCCACCCUGUGACAUUCUGGGACUCUUCCAUUGGAGGUACUGAAGAGGAUGAGGAGGAGGAAGAGGAAAGGAGUGGCUCAGGAGGUUCUGGGAGUGGAGAAGAUACAUCAGAUGAUUUUUCGGAUGGCAGCAAGUCAGGUGAUGGGAAGAAGAAGAGGAAGAAAAAGGGGAAAAAGAAGAAGAAGAAGAAGGCGGAAACAUCACCGGUGGAAGAGAAGGGCAAAUCCAAAUACGCCCCGCCACCACUUCCAAAAUCCAGGCGCAAGUCCAUACCGGAAGAAUCUCAACGCAAGGGAAAAUACGUGCCUCCUCCGCUCCCGAAAACAAAGCCAAGGCCUCCCUCGGGGACACCCCCACCGAAGCCAAAAUAUGUGCCUCCUCCGCUUUCCAAGCCGAAGCUGAAGAAGAAAGAAUCGGUCCAGAUGGAAACUGAACCAGCCAAACAGGUUCUUUCAACUAAGCACAUCAUUACCCCCAAAGAUGUCAAACGGGCCCGCCUCCAGGCCCGCCCCAUUCCCAAGCAAUCUGUCAUCAAUUUCCUGAUUGAAAAUGCAGCCAAGCUGGUCCUGUAUAAAUACAACUAUGAAACCCUCCUCUGCUCCAAACUGGGCCUCAUCUCGGUGCCCGUGACCAAAGUGCUGCUGGAAAUAAUGUUUGGCUACAAGAGGAUGAAGGGCAGUGGGAUCCGCCUAUCCUCCCAGAUCGACUGGGCCAAAGUCUAUGACGAGAUCUACGCCCCACGCCCACCCAAACCCAAGAUGCCCCGGCACAAGCUGGGUGAUGUGAAGAAAGGCCGGGCUGUGAAAGGCAAGGGCAAAGGCAAGGCUGCCGUGAAGACGCCGGGAGCCAAGAAGGCCGUCUUUUUCCAACCUGAAAUGGCCGGCGGGAAAGUCGUGGUGAUGGGGACGCCCACCGAGCAAGAACUGAGCAGCUGGGAUAUCGAACUGGAAGAAAGUGCAACUGAGGAAGAAUAUGAAGACGAAGGAGGCCCAGAGAUUUUUGAGAUUGUGCCCCCACACUUUCUGGGAGAAGGCGAAACUGACUUCUCUGCUGACGAGGCUGACGAGGACUCCCUCAACCAGCCCCCAUUCUCCGUUCUGAGAUCCUCCACCCCGAAAGAUAGCCCAGUGAGGUCUGCGGCCUCCGAGGAUGGCUCCUUCAAAAUCUCCAGUGCCCCCGAGGAGUCCGAGGGCUCCUCCUUCGCUGUCUCUCCCAAGAAGUCAGGCUCCCGAAAAUUCAGUGUGGCCCCAGGCAGCACCCGAGGCUCCCAGGCUCUCUUUCCCGAGGUGGAACCGGCUGGUCCAUCAUCCGCCGAACGCGUGCGGAGAAUGUCAUCCCGCAGGUCUACCCUCGGAGGGGAAGGCAGCAAGACGGUGUUCCCGAAAAUCUAAAUCUAAAGCCGCAUAGUAGCCAUAAAUAAAACAUAGAUGUUGUAUUCGUCACACA